AUGAACUUUCUAUCCAGAAUCUUCAGAGUUGGCCAGAAAACAAGGUCAAACCUUGCAGAGGAGCUAGACUACGCCAAAUGGACCAAAGAACAACUAAUCGAAAGAGUACUUGAACUAGAAAAUAAAAAGAAGAGACACAUCGAAGAAGAAAGUGAGCAAUCUGACCAGCAAUCAAAAAAGCAUAAAGCGGCGUCUCCUGAUAUCUCUAAAAAGAAAAUUAAGCAGCAGAGACCGUUUGAUUUUUCUAGAUUCAACACAAGAUUCAUCGCUUUAAGGUUUGCUUACUUAGGAUGGAACUAUAACGGUCUAGCCAUACAAAAAGAACCAACUCCACUUCCAACAGUUGAGGGGACUAUUCUUGAGGCAAUGAACAAAGCAAAAUUAGUUCCAUCAAUGGUCCCUCAAGAGUACAACUUCAGUAGAUGCGGAAGAACCGAUAAAGGUGUUAGUGCAAUGAACCAAGUGAUAUCACUACGUGUCAGAUCAAACUUAACAGACGAUGAACAGAUUGAUCCUACCAACGACCAUAAAGAGAUUCCAUACAUAAACAUCUUGAAUCAAUUACUUCCUGACGAUAUCAGGGUAUCUGCAGUUUGCUUACGCCCCCCCAAAAACUUUGAUGCGAGAUUCAGCUGCAAACACCGUCACUACAAGUAUUUGUUCAAUAAAAGUGGCCUUGACAUCGAUGUAAUGAGAGAGGCUGCAAAGCUUUAUGAGGGCGAACAUGAUUUUAGAAACUUUUGCAAGCUCGAUGGCUCUAAACAAAUAACGAACUAUAAGAGGACAAUCAUGAAAGCCCAAAUUCUGCAUGUGGAUGGUGAUAUAUAUUGCUUUGACCUGAUUGGUUCCGCAUUUCUAUGGCAUCAAGUCCGCUGUAUGAUGGCCAUUCUCUUUUUGAUUGGCCAAAAACUUGAAAGCCCAUCAUUAAUAGAAGAUCUCGUCCAUAUUGGAAAGACUAAGCAGAAACCUAUCUACGAUAUGGCUAGUGAUAUACCCUUGAUUCUGUACGACUGCCAGUUUCCCGACAUGGAAUGGUCUCAUCUAGGUGAAAACGAUUUCAAAUCAGUCAACCCAUGCAGAAGAUCAAAUGCGAUGGUUCUUGGUUAUCAACUAAAGGCAACAAUUUCUCGUAUUUUUGAAGAAACAGCUAUUGGUAAUAUAGGUGAAAUGAGUGGCAGAACAAUUAUUAAUACUGGUGAUGGUAAGGGGAAAGUUGUUGUGAAGUAUCAAAAAAUGCAGGAUCGGAACGUAAUGGACUCUGUGGAGUCAGUCAAUCAAAAAUAUAGAAACCGUAAAGCAAGACGUAAGUAA